AUGGCUGCGCGGUGUUUUCCUCUGUGGCAAAGAAGCUCAGGUGUCAUGUCUCGACUAGGUUGUGUACUCCAGACAUCAAGUGCCGGUUAUGCCAAAAAGAUCGGAGUUGGAUCAGGGAAAGCAGGCACCAGUAUUUCACCAAAGAUUGAGAUGGAAGUAGAAACUGACCCAGAAAAACUUGUGAAAUAUUGCUGUGGAGCAAACAUAUAUGUGACGGGACAGGACCCAGAGUUAAAACCUGAUUCGGAGUAUCCAGAUUGGUUGUGGACUUUACGGACAGAUAGAAAACCCCCUGACUUGUCAGAACUAGACCCAGAUAGCUUUUAUUACUGGGAUUCCACGGUGGUCCAUAGUGACCCAGAGGGUAUCAGUGACACACAUCCAGAUUCUGCAGGGGUCCAUAGUGACCCAGAGGGUAUCAGUGACAUCACAUCCAUAAUCUACAGUGGUCCAUAG